AUGCAGAGAGCUCUAGCUGCCAAAUAGGCCCGUGUGGAUGCCACCCUCCCAAACCUCUCCUGAGCCCUCCACCUGGCUGUCCAGAGUGGGAGUGAGGUCAUAACCCAGACCCUGCUGGAGAUAAGCUCAGACCCCAACACCCCCGGGCCUAAAGCACACACCCCUCUGCACCUGGCUGCCCAACACAACAGGCCUACCAUAGUGUGGUUACUAUUAAAGGCUGGAGCUCAGGUGAAUGCUGUCUCCCAGGAAUGCAAGACCCCCCUCCACACAGCCAGCCAGAAGGGCCACUCAGACACAGUGAGUCAGCUCUUGAAGGGCCAGGCAGACCAAGAGUACACCGACAGGCAGGGCAGGACUGCCCUGUACUGGGCAGCUACUACCCAAGGAGAGGGGGCUGUGGUGGGACUACUGCUCUCAGCUGAGGCUGACCACAACGACCAACGGGAGAAGAAGACGCUAUUACACUUAUCAGCCAUGGAAGGGAGAGUGGACGCCGUGUCAACACUAUUGGUGGGGAAGUCAAGGGGAGGGGCCAAAGAUAUGGACGUUUCCACUCCUCUCCACUACGCUACGGCUAACGGUCACGUCCGAGCAGCCGCCGCUUUCCUCUCCUCGAAGAACGUAAAAGAUGGGAACGUGUGGAGGAAAAUGCCACUGCAUGCUGCCUCUGAACACGGCCAUGAUGGCCUAGUGGAGCUGCUGCUGAAAGGCAGGGUGAAGAUAAACGCUCUGGACAACAGCAAAGACAUGCCCCUGCACUGUGCAGUCUGUGUCGGCCACCAGAGGGAGGCAAAGAGGCUGGUGGGAUGGGGAGCACAGGGGACAGGGCAGGGGGAGAGGGCCAACCUACAGAUCAGAAAUAAUGUAGGGAAGACCCCACUGCAGGUGGCAGAGGCUGGGGAAACACAGGGACACGAGGACAUCGCCACGCUGCUGAAGAGAAAGAUGCUACUCAUCAAAUAGAGGAGAAGAUAGAGUUUCCAACAGAGGGCAGCUAGAUAUCUGGAACCCUUACUUGUGAUAGAUUACUCUAGACAAAUGACUCAAUUUUGUAAUAUGUAGUAGACAGAGUGAGUGAGCACAAAUGUAACAAUGAUUAUGAAUUUGUCAUUGCUUUAUUCUGAUUGCUGGUUUUGAAAUGCUCACUGCACUAAAUGUUACAUUUCAAUCAAGAGCUCAAUUUUGUAAAAAGUUUGAAAUAAACAUUUUUUAAUUUUA